CUUCCCAUUUCUGCCCCAUUUUUCCCCCCCGCCAUGCCCGCCGCCGCCGCCCCCAUUAUCAGCUCUGUCCAGAAGCUGGUGCUGUACGAGACCAGAGCUAGAUAUUUCCUGGUCGGGAGCAAUCACGCCGAGACGAAAUACCGAGUCUUGAAAAUAGAUCGCACCGAGCCAAGGGAUUUGGUUAUCAUUGACGAUAAGCAUGUCUACACGCAACAAGAACUGAGAGAGCUCCUUGGCCGCCUAGAUCUCGGAAAUAGAACGAAAAUGGGGCAGAAAGGCUCUUCCGGACUUUCCCGAGCCGUCUCGGCGUUCGGCAUCGUCGGCUUUGUCAGAUUUUUAGAAGGUUAUUACAUCGUGCUAAUAACGAAACGGAGGAAGAUGGCGGAUAUCGGGGGCCAUGCCGUCUAUAAGAUCGAAGAUACGAAUACGAUCUACAUCCCGAACGAUUCCGUCCGGGUGACGCAUCCCGACGAGGCGAGGUACUUACGAAUAUUUCAAAAUGUGGAUCUGUCCAGUAAUUUUUAUUUCAGUUACAGCUACGACCUGUCCCACUCCCUGCAAUACAAUCUCACGGUUCUGAGGAGGCCCCUGGAGAUGCUGAAAACGGAAAGCGCCCAGACGCGACAGGAGAGUUUCGACAUCUUUGAGGAUGAAGGGCUGAGCGCGCGGGGCGGGAGCGGAAUAUUUGGGAUCUGCAGUGAGCCGUACACGAAGUAUGUGUGGAACGCCGAUUUAUUGGGUCUGAUUAAAAACACAGUCCACCGUAACUGGCUGUUAUAUAUCAUUCACGGAUUCUGCGGACAGUCGAAGCUGUUGAUCUACGGCCGGCCCGUGUACGUGGCCCUCGUCGCCCGGCGGUCCAGCCGGUUUGCCGGCACGCGAUUCCUGAAGAGAGGCGCCAACUGCGAGGGCGACGUGGCCAACGAAGUGGAGACCGAGCAGAUUCUCUACGAUGCCUCGGUGAUGUCUUUCGCGGCAGGGAGCUAUUCUUCGUACGUCCAGGUUCGGGGAUCGGUCCCCCUGUACUGGUCGCAGGAUAUUUCGACGAUGAUGCCCAAGCCUCCGAUCACCCUGGACCAGGCGGAUCCAUUUGCCCAUAUCGCCGCUCUUCAUUUCGACCAAAUGCUGCAGAGGUUCGGCUCGCCGAUCAUCAUCUUGAAUCUCGUUAAGGAACGCGAGAAAAGGAAACACGAGAGAAUCCUGAGUGAAGAACUUGUGGCUGCAGUGACCUACCUCAAUCAAUUCCUGCCUCCGGAACACGCCAUUAUUUAUAUUCCUUGGGACAUGGCCAAAUACACAAAAAGCAAAUCGUACAACGUCCUCGAUCGCCUGAACGUGAUCGCGGAGAGCGUGGUAAAGAAGACGGGCUUCUUCGUCAACCGCCCCGACUCCUAUUGCAGCGUCCUGCGGCCGGAUGAGAAGUGGAAGGAGCUAGGAGGAAGCGUGGUGGCCACCGGUCGUCUGCAGACCGGCGUCCUGCGGACCAACUGCGUGGAUUGUUUAGAUCGAACAAACACGGCCCAGUUCAUGGUCGGGAAGUGCGCGCUGGCUUAUCAGCUCUAUUCCCUGGGAUUGAUCGACAAACCCAAUCUGCAGUUCGACACGGACGCCGUAAGGUUGUUUGAGGAGCUGUACGAGGAUCACGGCGACACGCUCUCCCUCCAAUACGGGGGCUCGCAACUGGUACAUCGCGUUAAAACCUACCGAAAGAUAGCCCCGUGGACUCAGCACUCCAAAGACAUCAUGCAGACCCUCUCCAGAUAUUACAGUAACGCGUUCUCAGAUGCCGACAGACAAGAUUCCAUUAACCUGUUCCUCGGAGUUUUCCAGCCCGCGGAAGGGAAGCCCCAUCUCUGGGAACUUCCAACAGAUUUCUACCUGCAUCACAAGAACACCAUGAGACUUUCAGAAAGCAGGAGAAGUUAUACUUACUGGUGGACCCCAGGAGUGAUAGAUCAUUUACCACUGCCUUAUGACGAAGUGAGCAGCCCUGAAAACAGAAAGAAGUUGAAGGUGAAGAAGUUUCACAGAUACGACGAAGAGAUCGAUAUCCACAAUGAGUUCUUUCGGCCUUAUGAAUUAAGCAGUUUCGAUGAUACUUUCUGCCUGGCCAUGACAAGCUCGGCAAGAGACUUCAUGCCGAAGAACGUCGGCAUCGACCCAAGCCCCUUUACCGUGCGCAAACCCGAAGAAACGGGAAAGUCGGUCCUGGGAAACAAAAGCAGUCGGGAGGAGGCGGUUCUUCAGCGCAAAACAGCGGCCAGCGCCCCUCCGCCCCCGAGCGAGGAGGCCGCCUCCAGCAGCUCCGAGGAUGACUCCGGGACGGACCGGGAGGACGAGGGCUCCGUUUCCCAGCGCUCGACGCCCGUGAAGCUGUCGGAGGCGGGCGAUCAUGCCAAAAUGCUGGAGAACGUCGCUCAGCCCGUGAAGGACGUGUACGGGAUUAAUCUCUCCGAUGUUCCGUCAGAGGACGACCGCUCCGUUUACGCAAGGUUUGUUCAGCUGGGACAGAGGAAGCAGAAGCAAGACAGAAGCAACCAACUUUUGAAGUCCUCGGACGGGGUUAUAAAGCUGGCACACAUCUCAACUUUUUCUCAAGACGACAUCUACGAAGUGCAGCCUCCGAAAGUAGACAGAAAAUCCAUUGAGAUUUUCCACGCACACAUCCAAGCCAGCAGAGGAAUCACGCAGCCCUUAGGAAAAGAAGACGUCCUCAUAUACCGGGAAUACAUUAGAAACCGAUAUAUGUAGAAAAGAAGAAAAGGUGACGAUUCUUCCACUGUACUGUAAAAAAAAAAAAAAAAAACCCGCCAUUUCCAAAAAGUCAUUAUUUAAAAUUGUUUUGUGGUACUCCAGCGUUCGGAUGAAUUUUUUCUCCCUCAGAGAAAAUAGACUUAAACGUUUACCUCCCUGAUUGCCUGUGACGUAAAAGCGUGCACGUGGAACGGAAACGAAAAUACCAAUCUUGAAGAUGAGGUAAAGCGUAUUGACCGCAAGUUUUUGUAACGCUAAUGGAAUUUUGCUAGCCAUUUUAGGAGUUUCGUUAGCUAUAAUUCUAAGAUUGGAAGAAAAUAUCCUACCCUUAGUUAACAUGCUUUUUGGGGAGGCGUUCGAGAAGGUGCUUUGUGUUGGCAUUUUACCAGAAGUCAUAUUCUGACAUAAUAUUAAAGAUCAUAAGAUAGAGAAUUGAAGGCAUUUUGUUGUCAUUAUUUAAAAUUGUUUCUGUGCUACUUUCAACGGUGAUCCUCCAGCGUUCGGUUGAAUUUUUUCUCCCUCAGAGAAAAUAGACUUUAAACGUUUACCGCCCUGAUUGCCUGUGGCGUAAAAGCGUGCACGUGGAACGGAAACGAAAAUACCAAUCUUGAAGAUGAGGUAAAGCGUAUUGACCGCAGGUUUUUGUGACGCUAAUGGAAUUUUGCUAGCCAUUUUAGGAGUUUCGUUAGCUAUAAUUCUAAGAUUGGAAGAAAAUACCCUACCCUUAGUUCACAUGCUUUUUUGGGAGGCGUUCGAGAAGGUGCUUUGUGUUGGCAUUUUACCAGAAGUCAUAUUCUGACAUAAUAUUAAAGAUCAUAAGAUAGAGAAUUGAA